UGGGACGCACGCGGAUAUCCAAAUAUCAUAACCUAGAAACCCGAGUUUCGUCGCCCAUAAAGUUCCCAAGCACCUCCUAAUUGCACUUGGGGUCGAGGUUUCUUCCAUCAGGAUCAUGCAAGAUAUCACUCAGUGGUUUUUAGAGGAGUGCGAUGGUCUGUUAUGGGGCGAGUUAGUCAAGCCUUCGGCCCUCACGAUGAUGGAUGCCAUGAAAGCUAUCCAACUGCUGGAUCCUAAAAUGGACACUGGCAUCCUUAGCAACUUUAAAUCGCCAUACAUGUUUCGGCCUGAAGACCCUCUCACACCCGAAGAACUUUGUUGGAUCAUGGAUAAGAUGACAGCCCUUGAAAUAUCGUGGUAUCGAGGGGCAACACUCUGCCAGUCUGUUUACACUUGCCUCUACUAUCAUAACUUGUAUUUGAUGGAUCCAUCAUUCGAGCCAAAACAAUCAACGCAGGAAGACGUGUUUUCAUCUCAGAUAUUACGCGCCUACCUGUUACUUUAUUGCAAAACCAUUGAUCUGGUAUAUACAGAACUCUCCAAGGGAAAUACCGUAGAAGGAGAAGAUUGCUGGUUGGAUCACUAUGGGCUACCAGUCAAAGUGAACGACGAUGUCGAAACUAUAGUCGAAUUUGCAAAUGAAGCCCUCGCGUGGUUAGAAAACGUGAAAGCAGACUCGCUAGAUUCUUUUGGCGAGCAACUGAUAAACCGAUUGGUUUUUCGGAGAAACUAUCUUCGAUAUCUCGAUUGCGCCGCAUCGGUCGAUAUCAGCCUGGAGCAAACUCUGUUGGUCAUGCGACUGACAGCUCAAGAUACUAGCCCAUCAGCCAUCCAGCCUUCCGAAAUUACAAGAUUAGGUUUUGACCCAAAAAUACCUUCUUACUUACGUCAAUGUAUGCCGCUACCCGAAUUCCGGCAACCGACAUUUAAACAGUCUUGGGAAUGCAUGAUUAACAUGACAGAAGAACUUUUGCACGUCGAGCGUCUCCUGGGUACAGGAGACUGGAUACAAUGGAAGGCUUUUUUUUGGGGAAUGACCCUGAAUGAUAGAGAGAGAUUGCCAAUCGUCCGGUCGUUGAUCCAGAGUAGAUUCACGGCUUUCUGUUAUGACUCGCAUCAAGGUCACCGCAAUAUCGAUCGUCUAGCUAAAGAGGCCAUAUUGUACGAAUGUGGUGAUAGAAACGAAGUUGUGAAGGUGCUAGAUACGCUUGAUGAUAUGAUUGAUGGCCCCAACAUGCAACAACUCAAAAUGUGGCGAGCUCUGAUAACAAAGGAUAUAAUGAUGGAUCUGAUUAUGCCUCUCCAGAAUCCACCACGCCAGCGUCGGAGCUUGAUUUCUCUUUCAACACAAUGGCAACAUCGGAUGAUGAUGGGCAGUCGUCUCUCUUCUCAACAUGAGUUCUCCCCUAUACUGGUUUCGGUACUGGAGGUUUUUCGACUAGAUUGUUUGCUUGAAGCAGCAUUAUCAGCGAUUGAAUUGAAUCUAAUUCAUUUUUCGGAAGAAAGAGAAGUCUGGUGGUGGAUAUCAGAGGUCGCAGUUACUCGAGCAUCUGCGCAUAUCUCUUCGUCGUCUUUUAAAGCAAUUUGGGCUCAAGUCUGGACCUACAUAGGGUCCGCUAUGCAAAUUCUUUUGGUUUUAGUGCCUUUGCCAUUUGACGACUCUAUUUUAUCAAAACCUCGAUUUGCUCUUCGUCAUAAGCAUCUUUUAUAUGCCACCCAUGUAUCUGGGGAUUCAGUUACAGAUGUUGGCUUGACUCCUAAAUAUGAAAAGUGGAUCUCACAGCGCAGACGAUUGGAUAGAAAACAAGACUCUUGCGGAUUGAAGGAGGUUACCAAACUUUUCAGCAAGGCGCGAGAAUCUCUCGACGAUUUGCUACUGCAACAGUCGCGUAAUCUGAGGACGGCAAAUCACAUUGUUUCCUUACGACUAGCACUGGAACACAAUAUUCGACUGAUUAGUGAAAUUGGGACGGAACGAAAUCUGAUGUGGGACUUGAACACGAAUGAUCGAAAGGGCCGAUGGAUUAUGCUGCUGCUAGCUCCUGAUACUGUUACAUUGAACGAGUGACCGAUCACUGAUGGGCGGCGGAAGAGCAGGAGGGAAAAAUAGACAAUGAACGUGCCAUGAAAGCUGGCAGUAAAGCAGCUGUCCACAUCACAUAUUUUGACAGUUGUUGCUGAAUGUAAUGUUGAGGAUCAUCAACGUAAUCUCAUAUGCUUGAU